CCACUAGAUGUCAUUUUAUGGGGUUUAAACGCAUUUCGCAAUUCACCAGUAUUAUUUUGAAUUGUAUUGCCAGUUAAUACAGUGACUAUACUAUAUACUAUAGAACUACUUCAUGAAUAUUUGUGCAUCAGUUUUUUAUGCAAGCUAUUACUAGUUUUACGGUAUUGUAGCUUAUUUGGAUACCGUACGUGACACAUGAUGUUCUGCUUUCCAGCGUAGAUGAAAGCAUUCAAUCAGAUUCAUUAGCGAAUCGGUUCGUUCGGACAGUUCGCCUUAGUGGUUACGUGAGAAGUCCCUAUAUAUAUAUAUAUAUAUAUAUAUAUAUAUGUGUGUGUGUGUGUGUGUGUGGCAUAUAGACGAGCUUUAAAACUGUUUACUUAAGAAACCGUAUUUUCGAGUCAAUUACAUUAUAAAAGUCUAGUGAUUUAAAAAUGUCGUGCGAAUCGGUUCGGAUGAGCGGUUCGAAAGAACGACUCGUUGAAGAAUCGGACACCGCUAGUUGAUGGUGCCGCAGGAGCAGCACUGAGAGCGCAGUCUCCAGGAGGGCUUCGGCAGACCGUUAGGCUGUUCACAUUAUCUUCAGACAUGGCAAAGGAAGGGACCGAGAUUGCUGAAGAGACCGAGCAAAUGAUAGACCAGAAGGAGCCGGACAAUCCCGUUUCCGCGGUCGUGGAUUCAAAAGAAAUGCGGGCUGUGGUGCUGACGGGCUUUGGCGGUCUAAACAAACUCAAAGUCACCAAGAAACCAAUGCCGGAGCCUCAAGAAGGAGAAGUCAAGAUCCGCGUGAAAGCUUGUGGGCUGAACUUUCUUGAUCUGAUGGUACGUCAAGGAAAUAUUGAUAAUCCUCCAAAAACGCCUCUCGUGCCUGGAUUUGAGUGCUCUGGGAUUGUGGAGUCUGUGGGAGAAAACACCAAAGGCUUUGAGAUAGGUGACAGAGUGAUGGCCUUUGUUAACUACAGUGCUUGGGCAGAGGUGGUGUGCACACCGCUGGAUUUCGUGCACAAGAUCCCAGACGACAUGACGUUCCCAGAGGCGGCUGCCUUCUCGAUGAACUUCGUGGCUGCCUACAUGAUGCUGUUUGAAGUGGCCAAUCUCCGGGAGGGGAUGUCUGUAUUAGUCCACUCCGCAGGAGGUGCGGUGGGUCAAGCGGUCGCUCAACUUUGUUCCACCGUCCCGAACGUCACUGUGUUCGGGACCGCCUCUCCCUUCAAACACGAAGCCAUAAAGCAUUCGGUCGCUCAUCUGUUUGACAGGAACAUCGACUAUGUUCCAGAAGUCAAAAAGAUAUCUCCAGAUGGAGUAGAUAUCGUACUGGACUGUUUGUGUGGAGAGAACACAGGAAAAGGCCUAACUCUGCUCAAGCCCAUGGGAACGUACAUCCUGUAUGGUUCGUCAAACAUGGUGACCGGAGAGACGAAAAGUUUCUUCAGUUUUGCUAAAUCUUGGUGGCAGGUUGAGAAGGUGAACCCUAUCAAACUCUACGAGGAGAAUAAAGUCAUAGCCGGAUUCUCGCUCCUGAACCUCCUCUUCAAGCAGGGAGGGUGCAGCCAAGUCAAGACAGCGGUGCAGAAACUUCUUUCCCUUUUCGACCAAAAGAAGAUCAAGCCUGUUGUUGAUUCUUUAUGGGCGCUUGAGGAGGUGAAGGAAGCCAUGCAGAGGAUCCACGACAGAGGAAACAUAGGGAAGCUGAUUUUGGACGUGGAAAAGUCUCCCACGCCUUUGAUGGCCAAUGACAGCACAGAGACCAGUGAGGCAGGUGAAGAGGAAGAGGAGCAAGAGGGAGACAAUGACAACAAAGAGCGAAUGCCUUUCAUUCAGUGAAGCCAGACUCAUCCAGAGACUAUCAUGAACCUGAGCUGAGCUCCGUGUCAUUGUGAAACGUAUGUGCGUGUGUGUGUGUGUGUGUGUGUGUGUUCGCUCUGUUGUUUGUGUGUAUAUUUGUUUUGGACAAUGCAGUCAAAAAUACUCCAAAACACUAAGUGUGUCGUUAAAUGUAGGACUGAAGUGCCAUUCUUAGUGCGGUGUUGAAUUGUUACAGUGUUUUAGACCAAAACGUUACUGUAGAAUUGCCUUUUCGUGAAAGCCUUGCUUUGUUUGGCCCUGUCAGUCAUUGGAUUGACAGAUGACUGCAGUCAAGUCCAAAAUUAAUGCUUGCCAAGAGACAAAUGGAAGUCAGAAUUGGUUUUGGCGAGUAAAUAAAACACAGCAGUGGCUGAAAACUUUUUAAGGAACUGCAAUUUAAUACACGGUGUAGGCCCAAUAUAAGCGACUUUAAGUCUUCAGAUGUGCUUUAAUGACUUUUACCUCAGUGGGCAAUUUAUCAAGGAAUUGUUUUUGGUUUCUCCAGAACUCAUAUGUGAAAAAUUCCUCACUAUAAAUAAUUAUUCACUACCAAAAAUGAAAACUCCGUCGUUCAUUCACCCUCAUGUCAUUCCAAACCUGUAUGACUUUUUCUUUUGCUGAUAAUAAAAAAAUGCUACGGAUAUCUGAUGAAGGCCCAGAAAUCUCUGUUUUUGAAGAAAUAAAGUAUGUUGGCAAAGUGAGUGCUGCACUUUUCUUCUAAAGUUUAGUUUUUUUUUUUAAUUUUUGUCUGUUUUCAAGCAUGUUGAAAUCUGAAUGAUUUCUGUUGUACAGACAAAAAAAAAAUUCAAAAUAUCUUUCAUCUACCACAGAAGAAAGAAAGUCAUACACGUUUGGAGGGUGAGUAAAUAAUGACUGCCUAAAACCAUUUUAAACUGGAUUUUUACAAAAGCAUUUUAGAUUCAAUAGAAAUAAUACUAUAAAUCUUAUGCAUAAGUUCAUUAUUCAGGUGUGGCAGGUUAAUUUUGGACACCGUUGCAGUGCUUCUGUGUGUGUGUGAGAUAUGUUUCCUUCCAGUUCUGGAGGUGAGUGAAAGUGUGAGUCUGUGUGUUUAUGACUGGUGAAGAAAGAUAAAAGCUGGGGCUUCUUGUUGUCGUGUAGGUGAUGUUUGGGUCGCGUGUUUUUAGUCUGGCGCUGUUUUUCAGCUCAGCAUCUGCGUUACUCUUGGUACAUCUAAGAUCGAAUUAUUUAAGCCUUUAGAAAGAUCACGUUCACCUGCUAAACGUAAUAUAUCCGUACAGUAUUAUGCAUGCCCCUUAAAGAAAGAGCUCACCUCAAAAUAACAAUCCUGUCAUCAUUUACUCACCCUCAUGUCAUUCCAGACCCGCAGGACUUUUUUUCUUUUAUGGAACAGAAAUGGAGAUAUUUCACCGAUUGUUCAUGCUGCUCUUUUCCGUACAGUAAACGAUGACACGGAUGCUUUUGUUUGGGAUGAACUGUCUCAGUAAAUCAACAGUAAAUGUUAAGGUCAAAGCCAAGCAUCAUCUUUUUCAUUUCAAACUAGUAACCAACAACAACAACAAAAGAAAUUCUUAGUGCCUUUUGUCACAUAUCUGCUCGAAGGACCAGAAGGCUUCUCAGUGUUUGAUUUUCUUUUUGUAUUUCGUGGAAAAUAGACAUUUUAAUGUCGAGUACGUUGAAUGACUUUAAAUCUUUUCUGGCUUACAUAUACCUCAGAAAUGAAAAUUGUGCUUGUGUUCUCAAGUUGUAUUAGUUGUUUGUGUAUGUGAAGGUAUGCUAUUUUUCAUCUCGUCGUAAAUUAUUAAUUAGCUGGCUUUAUAGAGAAUAUAUAUAUAUAUAGAAAACAACCAGUCUUGUAGUAAUUGAUCUCGGCUUGCGCUCACCAUUGUUCCUCAUUUUUGAGUUGUUUCUUUACAUUAAAUGAAUAGUUCACCAAAAAAAGAGAAUUUGCUUAUAACUUACCCUCCGAGGUGUAGAGGAAUAUAUUUCUUAAUCAGAAUAGAUUUGGAGAAAUGUGAUCACUUGCUCUCCAAUGAAUGCUGUUCAGUAAAUGGGUGCCGUCAGAGUCCACAUAAUCCACAAGUAAACUCCAGUCCAUCAGUAAACAUCUUAUGAAGUGAAAAGCUGCUGUUGGUUAGAAACAAAUAUGUCAUUAAGGUGUGAAUUUUAAAUCAUCACUUGUGGACAAAAUACUUUAAAAACCUACUUAAUUAUAUUACGGAGAGAGGACUCGAAUUUUAGCUGGAAACACCUUAAUGCCUUAAGGAUUUUGUUUUUUUUUUACAAACAUGCUUUACAAGAUAUUAAUUGGUCUGGAGUGGCGUGGAUUGCUAGUGGAUUAUUGUCAUGUUUUUAUUAGCUGUAAGGAUUGUGAUUCUGACGGCACCCAUUGACUGCAGCAUCCGUUGGUGAGCAAGAGAUUUUUCAGAAUCUGUUUUAUUAAAGAAACAAACUCAUCUCCAUCUUGGAUGGCCUUAUGGAGAGUACAUUUCAUUUUUGAAUGAACCAUUCUUUCAAGCAAGACUAGAAUGACUAACACAUGAGCAGAAAUGACUGACAACAAUGACCUUGAACCCAUUCUCCCUCUAAUUAUUCCCACAAAUUAAGUGUUUUUUUGCUUGUUUCUUUAAGUGCAUGAUAUGAAAGGCAUACAUAUAUGAGUGUAUCUUUCCACGUUUCUUUAAAGUUUACUUUAAAGACUUGCCUUAAGCAUUAUUUCUCAUGUGAUACACAAAAGCAUAUUGUUGCUGUGUAGUUUUGGUGUGUAGACAUGCUUUUAUGUUGUGGCAGUUUGCAGACACAUGAAAUCUAAAUAAAAUGUGCAGAGCAUU